GCCUCUCUGGCAUCGAUUCACCGGCCUGUUGCUGGACAGGCUGCAUGCUGACGCUCCUGCUCCUCUCGCCCGCCUAGUCGUUUCCAGCAGAACCACCUCUCAUCUUUCGGAAGAGCUCCUUAGACAAAUACAGCCACACUUUUGUGUACAUAGCAGGGAUACAAUACAACCAUGUCCGAAGAGGUUGAAGGAACGAAACCGUCUGAAGAAAUGCAGGAAGUGGAGGACAAAGUAAUCAGCCCAGAGAAAGCAGAGGAAGCCAAGCUGAAGGCGAGGUAUCCUAACAUUGGAACCAAGCCUGGAGGCUCAGAUCUUCUCAGAAAAAGGCUUCAGAAGGGGCAAAAGUACUUUGACUCCGGUGAUUACAACAUGGCCAAGGCGAAAAUGAAGAAUAAGCAGUUGCCAUCCGCACCAACGGAGAAGACUGAAAUCACAGGAGGGCACAUCCCAACCCCUCAGGACCUGCCUCAAAGAAAAACUUCAAUUGUGGCCAGCAAACUGGCUGGUUGAUGGUUUUAGCUUUACUAUUUUCUCUUACCAUUCCAACCCUCACCUCACAUCCACCUGCUGUUUACGUUAUUGUUUAUAUUUCACUUUUGUAUGUAUUCUCUAAGAACAAGUUGUGUAUCAAGCCAGAUUCUUGAAGUAUUUGCAACUGUAAGGCUAUGACUUGUCAUUUGAGUGCAGUCUAACAACAAAGGUGAUGAAGAUGUUGAAUUAGUGAUAACUUCCUGACCAUUAUAUCACAUUACUAAAAUGAAUGGUCAUUUGUGCUUUCCUGUUAACAGAAGAUUUUUCACUUUCAGAAUAAAUUCCUCCUUGCAAAUUGCCUGUCUGAACAUCAGCUGAAGAGCAAUGAAGAUGUUUUUGUCACCACCACAAAGAAACCUUUGUUCACCAUGUUACUUAUAGUUACAAAGGCAGAAAAUACUCUAGAGUAAUGACAAUUGACAGAGAAAUCAUGACUUUGGUUAACAUAGAUGUGUUUGAAGUAGAAGUGUAAUUUACAAAUAUACCAUUCAGUUCGACACUUUCGAGUAUUAACCUGCUCAGAUGGAGGCAUGUCUGUUUAAAAAGUCAAUUGAAGUCAUCCUGCUUUUUUUGUUGCCUAAUCCUGCAGCGUUUGUGUCCCAUCCUCUCUUACUGCAACUGUUUGACUGAGAUUAGACCACCGAAACACUUUGUAGCCAGUUGUAUUUUAAUUCAUUUUAUUAUUGAUAUUGGUUAGCUGCUGUUCUCCAUUUCAUCCCGACUUCUUAAAAUGGCCUUAAAAGUAACAAACCGUUGUUCCUCUUGAGCAAUAUUUGCUCCCUCAGUAAGAACCUUGGUUGUGAAUUUUGCCUGAAAUGUCUGUCACUGACUGAAAUCACUUAAGAUUUUAUGGAAAUAAACUCCCUUGACAUGUCUUGGGUGUGCAUGUGCAUUUACUGUGCAGUCACACUGUGCCAUUUGUUUUGUAAAUAAAAUAGUUUUGUAUAAUA